CAUAUAAAACGGCCCAGCUAGGAAGGAUGCCUCAGGAAGAUGGUUCCCUCCAGAUCGCUUUCAUGUAUUCUUACCCUGCCGGCGCUUGCCUUCCUCUCGCUAUCAGCGAGCGCUUUGCCUCAUGCUCGGACGGCAUCAAGCACAGCUGCUCUGAAGCUCGCCGUUAGAGUAAACUCGUACGGGAUCAAGAACAUCGCGGCUGCAGAUCGAGCUCGAAUCCAAGCCUUACAAGCUGACGGCAGCUCUUCCGUCAAUAUAACCAAUACUGGGACGACAUACACCGCUAACAUUGGCGUGGGGAAUCCAGCAACGUACUAUACAUUCCUGCUAGACACCGGAAGCUCAAACACCUGGAUUGGGACUAAUAAGGCUUACCAGAAGACUUCCACGAGCUAUGACACAGACGGCACAUUCAACAAUCCGAAAUACGCUUCUGGGGAGGAAUACCUAGACUAUGUAACGCUCAACUCUGAUCUGGUCAUCUACAACCAGUCCAUUGGCGUCGCAUCCACUGAUCCAGGGCUGGGUGAUGUGGAUGGACUCCUUGGCCUUGGACCAGUUAAUUUAACACGUGGCACCGUCAGUAAUGCUGAUACAGUUCCAACUGUGAUGGACAACCUCUAUGCGCAGGGGUCCAUUAAUUCGGAAGUACUGGGAGUAUUCUUCGCACCCGCUUCCUCUGACGAUACCAGCGGCGAGCUCACAUUCGGCGGUUAUGAUGCCUCCAAAAUUACUGGAGACGUCAAUUAUGUGUCGAUCACAUCGACAUCUCCAGCGAGCAGUUAUUGGGGCAUUGACCAAUCCAUCACUUAUGGGGACACCGAGAUUUUGAGUCAGACAGCCGGUAGCGUCGAUACCGGGACUACCCUCAUUCUCAUUGCCUCUGAUGCCUUCAGCACAUAUCAGUCUGCUACGGGAGCAACCCCGAAUGAGAGCACUUGCUUGUUACAAAUCUCAUCUGAUCAGUACGACCAGCUCUCAUCCUUGUAUUUCACCAUUGGUGGGGUCACUUAUGAGCUUACCCCAAAUGCUCAAAUCUGGCCCCGAUCACUGAACACCGCCAUUAACGGUACCACCGACGGCAUAUACCUGAUCGUUGCUGACAAUGGGAGCCCCUCUGGUUCUGGCUUGGAUUUUGCCAACGGCUACUGUUUCCUCGAGCGGUUUUACUCAGUGUAUGACACGGAGAACUCCCGAGUCGGGUUCGCCACCACUGAGUACACCGAUGCUACGACAAAUUAGCCACAGUCCUUCGAGAAGAUCGCAUACCCGGGGCCAUAUUAACAUACCCCCAAGAAUAUUCGUUGCUUGUAUAUUUCAUGACAUUCAUUUAACCCUGUUGAUAUCACGUACGAGUCGUACUCGUGAACAAAGACACUAUACUUAUCUCAAAUUAGAUGUAGUUGUUCUGUUUCCGCCAAAUACGCCUGUCGAAACCCCUCCAGAAGAUGCAAACCAACUGAGUACCCGUAGAAAAUCCAG